UCAUGACCUAUGGUACUGAAGACGUUAUUAUUAGGCUUCCACCACAUAGACAAAAUGUGAUCAGACGUAAGGAAUGCGCUUCGAUUUCCGUUAACUCCAUCCGCGGUAUAAGUUUCACUAAUCGAACCACCACCCGUCGUCGAUCAAAUCCAUCGUCUCCCUCAGUCUCACUCUCCGCCUCUUCCCGUUCUCGAACCGCAACCUAGGGUUUGCCUCAGAUUCCAAGGGAACGUGAUUUUUCUUGCAUUCUCCUUUCCUGCGUCUUCAGACCGAGAUUAUAAAAAGCCGAUGGGAGUAGUCAUUGAGAGCUCCGUUUGGGAACUAAAUCCAUCCGUAUACAUCUUCAUCUUCGUUUGUUGCUGCUUCUCGAUCUUUCUUUUCCCUCACAUCUCUAACCUCAACAGAACCUCCACAAUCUUCGACCAUGGAACCUCUCACUCGUUUCUCCGUUUCCAGCGGAAUUUCCUCUUCGUCUAUUCUCUCGCAUCAGUAAUGGAAGGUCUAUGGUCAGUGUUCGGGGAGUAUGAAUUUGCUUCGUAUGGAAUCGGCAGGGAAACUAUGGUUAAGUCUCUGUGUUACGGAUAUACAACAGCUCUCUUCGCUGCUCCUUUCCUUGGCGUAUUUUCGGAUAUGAUAGGUCACAAGAAAGCUAGUUUAAUCUUUUGCAUUCUACACUUCAUUUUUGGCGUAUGGAAGAGGAUUUCAGAGCAGCCAAGUGUAUUCAUGAGUAGCAUAUGUCUCUCUCUGGCCAAUACAAUAUUUUCAUUCAGUUUUGAGAACUGGAUGGUCACUCAACACGAAAAGCAAGGGCACAGACCUGAUUCGCUUAAUGAUACAUAUUGGUUAAUGUCUUUCUUUGAGUCUUCAAGUUUUAUUGCCAGCCAAAUGUUUGCAAAUUGGCUUAUUGGUAAUGAUACGGAAAAAAACACUGCUCCUUCAUUUGUUGUUAUUUUUUUUGCUGCCACAUGCUUCACUUUUAUCACCAGAGGAUGGACAGAAUCUUCUGGAACAGCAUCUCUUAAGGAGUACAGUCGCUCCUUCUAUGCCUACAUUUUAGGUGAUAAAAGGAUAUGGUUGUUGGCGUGGGCACAAGCUUGCCUUCACUUCUCUAUAGGAAUUUUUUGGAUCAUUUGGGCGCCUACAGUGGUGGCUGAUGGGCGAGAAGUGCAACUGGGCUUGAUAUAUCCAUGCUUUCUGGGCUCAAGAAUGAUAGGAAGCACUGCAUUUCCGUGUCUCACUAGUGGACCUUCAUCGCUUAGAACUGAGGACUGCCUAGUUUUCGCUUACAUUAUACUGGCUCUUCUUCUGUCUAUUGUGGCUUAUGACUAUCAGGAAAUUAGGGUUCUGGUGACGCUAUUUUGCUUGUUUCAUGCAUGUGUUGGGUUUGUUUUACCAUCACUUGCUAGAUUGAGGACCAUGUAUGUUCCUAAUGAAUUGCGUGGAGGGAUGAUGGGCUUCUCUCUUGCCCCUGCAAAUGGAGCGAUUCUGCUUUCUGUGAUGCAGGGUGGAUAUUAUCGGAAUGUAGGAAAUGCAGCAUUAAUGGCAUUUGGUGUGUGUGGUUUAUUGCUAGCAGCUGGUUGCAUGCAUGCCCUAAAGCAAUGGGGUAAGCAACCGUAUAACAACUGGCAUAAGCAGUGAAUAUAUGCCCCUUUGGCAGGCUUUGGUAGUGGUGAUGACAGACCUUUUAUUGAACGCAAUGAGGAAGGAGUAAAGAGAUGAAGAACUUAGAUGAUGCCAAUUCAGGCAGGUCAUAAAUUUCAAAAAGGAUACAAACAUCGACUACUACUUGCAUACUUUGCUGCUUGGGUUUGCUUAUGGAGGAUAUAUUCAAUUGCACAAGCUUUGGAAAUUGCUUUCAGAAUCUGUAUCUCGAUGAAUGCGAGCUUCUCCAGAAGAGCACCUUAAAGAUCAUAAGGUGAAAAUUGAAUUAUGGUUUGGUUAUGUUAUCAUAUCAAAGUAGUCAUGUUAUGAGCUGGGUUAGUUUAUUCAAAGUUUCUUAGCAUAAACCAUGACACUGACUAACCCUAGCAUGUUAAGUAAGAAGGUUUAUAUGAAGUCACAGUCAAAACAUUUGAAGCUGUGAUGUGAUUUCAUCAAUUUGAUCAAAAGACAAUUCAGCCGGUAACAAUUUCGUUUA